AUACUACUCCGAACCAUGAUCCAGAAUUUUCAGACAUCUAACACAUUGCAUUAUUCCAUCUUUCUGCUAGCUACCUCCACAAAGAAGCUGGAAACUGAAAGCAACAUGUCAUCAAUUGCAUCCUACUACAAUGGAAAGUCAGUACUUGUUACUGGAGCCACAGGUUUUAUGGGCAAAGUGCUAGUGGAAAAGCUGUUGUAUUGCAGCCCUGAUGUGAAAAGUAUUUAUAUUCUUGUGAGACCCAAGUCUGGACAAUCAACGCAAGAGAGAGUGCAGGAUAUGGUGAAGUGUAAGGUGUUUGACAGAGUCAGAAAAGUGUGGCCAAACUUCUAUGAGAAGAUUAAACCAAUCAAUGCUGAACUUACCCAGCCAAAUCUGGCCAUUGCUCCUGAGGAUGCUCAGGAGCUCCUCUCCGAAGUUAACAUUGUCUUCCAUUGUGCUGCAACAAUUCGCUUUGAUGAGCCUCUGAGGCAAGCCCUUCUGUUAAAUGUCAUGGGAACAAAGCAGCUCCUGAAGUUGGCCCACCAGAUACAGAACCUCGAGGCCUUCAUCCACCUUUCAACUGCCUAUGCAUACUGUAAUCGGAGUUACAUAGAUGAAGUCAUUUAUCCUCCUCCUAUGGAUCCCCAGAAACUUUUUGAUCUUGUAGAGGGGAUGGAUGAGUCCCUCAUUCAAGAGAUCACACCCAAACUGAUUGGGGAUUGGCCCAACACCUACACAUUCACCAAAUCCUUGACAGAGUAUGUAAUUCAGCAAGAGAAAGGUAACCUAAACACUGCCAUCAUUCGACCAUCCAUCGUGUGCUGCAGCUGGCAAGAACCUUUCCCCGGGUGGAUUGAUCAGUUCAAUGGACCAUGCAUUUUCUUGAUUGCGACUGGAAAGGGGAUUGCACGGAUUGUAAAAUGCAACAAAGAUGCAGUUGCAGAUAUCAUUCCUGUAGAUAUUGCCAUCAAUUUGAUCCUUGCUGCUGGAUGGUACACUGCAGUUCAGAGGCCCAAGUCACUGUUGGUAUACAAUUGUAUAACAAGUAACAUCAGCCCAUUUUCCUGGGGAGAAAUACGUGAUGUUGCCAUGAACAUAUUGGAGAGGAUUCCCCUGGAGAAAGCCUUCAGAAUCCCUAAUGCUUGCAUGACCCAAAGCGACUUUACGUAUGAGUAUUGGAGAACUGUUAGUCACAAGUUCCCCGCCUUUCUCUAUGAUUUGUAUUUAAGGCUAACUGGAAGGAAGCCAAGAAUGAUGAAGAUGUACAACCGCCUCCACGAGUACAUGAUGCUCUUUGAUUUCUUUUCCAGCCGUUCCUGGGAAUGGAAAUCAGACAAUGUGAACAUGUUACUGAACCAUCUUAGUCCAAAAGAUAAGAAAUUGUUCUUAUUUGAUGUCCGCCAGUUGAAUUGGUCAGCAUACAUAGAAUAUUUCUGUCUAGGAGCUAAGAUGCAUGUGCUGAAUGAAGAUUUGGCUGGCAUUCCUGCAGCAAAGGAGCAUUUACGAAAGCUAAGAAACAUUCAGUAUGUCAUCAACACCACCCUGAUUGUGCUCAUCUGGCGCGUAUUUAUUGCAAGGUCGCAAAUGGCACAAAACAUGUGGUACUUUGUGGUACAGCUCUGCUACAAGUUCCUUAGCUACUUUAGAGUUUCCAGCACCCUCAGGCAUUGAACAUACCUGUCUGGUUAUUGACUACCAGCUCUUGGAAGGACCUCCAGUCAACAAUUGUGUGCGUGUUUGAGCUUCAAAGCAGCAGAGUAUCUCUCAGCUGCUGUGUCAUUCAACAUAUUUCAUUAAAUACUCAUAGCUUAUUUUUUUCCUAAUAAACCACCAUCUUACGUCUCUAGGUCUACUAGGCUACAUAUCAAAGCCAUAACUAAAUAUUUGGACACAUGUCAUUUUAGAGCACUUACCCCUGCUGAAGGGAUGUAGAUCACCAAAGCUGCCCUAUUUCACCUCGGAUACAAAACACUAUUUAAUAACCCACAAUCUCAUCUCUUCCUAUGCCCCAAAUGAAAUGUGAAAAUAUCUGAUAAAACAAGAAAUAGCUGACUAAGUGGAGGUAUAUUUUUCAAAAACCCUUCAUUAGAUUAAUUGAGAGCAAGUGGGGUUUAAAUGUUUUGCUUUUGCAUGGGGGUGCCUCACUUCAAAGAUGUUUAUAAAAGAGAGAAAAAAUCAGCAUGAGAGUGGUGGAAGGUUUCAGAUUUUUCUCUCUUCUCAUGGCACACAGAUUUCAGUACACUUUUUAAAAUGCAUGUCUUUCCCACAGACUUAACUGGUUUUAUACAUUUCUUCUUUUCCACGGGGAACACUGCAAAUUGUAUUAAGAUAAAAAACUAUGGGCCCCUAAACCACAAAAUGCCCAACAUACUAGAAUUUCAAUUAUUUUUUUUUUCAUUUUUAUGCCGUAAAAUGAUGCAUGUCUAAAAAGUAUGUCAUUUUUCUUUUUUUCUUUUGCAGAAGCCACCAUAGUUAAGCUGAUAUAUCAGAUAAAGCAUAAAUCAUCUCCAUAUAAUAUGGACCAAUUCAUUACAAAGUUCAAGGGCCUUCCCUGUCCAUUUAUAUGGACAGUAACAAUUUGCAAACAUUCCUUUUGGGUUCAGAUAUUGCUUUUUCCAGAAUAAUAAUAAUAAUAAUAAUAAUAAUAAUAAUAAUAAAUUUUAUUUAUAUCCCGCCCUCCCCAGCCGAAGCCGAACUCAAACUAUGCUGAUAAAAUGAGAUUAUUUCCCCUAUUUGCAGAGCUAUGGCAAUUUAGACAGCUAUGUGGAAUGCAAUUGCACAAAUGUCAAAAGCUGUUGUGGAUGCAACUCUUCACUCUUCCUUUUACAAUAUGUUGCAACCCUUACAUUGGCAUUCAUAUUGCAUUAGAGUUGACUAGCCUUUUGCUCAGUCUGAAGAAGCCCAUUGUCAAGCCCAGGUCAGAUAUUGUGAAAGCCUCUGCGUUAAUGGCCUGGUAGCAAGUGUAUAAUGAUUAAGGCCAAAAUUAGAAAUCCAAAAUUAGAAAUCCAAAGAGGAAAAGCUGGGAAUGAAAAAGGUUAAUUGAAAAUUACAGUAGCACAUCAUGUUGUCGUCUUCAGUGGCAUUCUCCCCUGCCCCCAAUAGAUUGGUUUUUGAGAUUAUAUGUUUUAAGUGAUGUGCUGUAACAGUGGAAUGGAUAAAACAAAAAAAAUUCCUUCCAGUAGCACCUUAAAGACCAACUAAGUUAGUUCUUGGUAUGAGCUUUCGUGUGCAUGCACACUUCUUCAGAUACACUGAAACAGAAGUUGCCAGAUCCUUCUAUAUAGUGAGAAGGUGGGGAGGGGUAUUACUCAGUAUCAGCAUCUGCAAGUGGAAUGGAUAUUAUUAUUAUUAUUAUUAUUACUCCUGAAGACGAUGCUGAAACGUAUCUGGCUCUUGCAAGGUUCAUUCACAGAACCUUUUAAAAGUUUCUAAUUCCAGCCAUGCUGCCUUCUCUUUUCUGUUGCUGCUAAACCUAAACAUUACAUUAAAACACGUGGAGGCAGCUACUGAAAAUAGUAAAAUUAAUUUCCCUGAGAUUUAUGGCAACUUAGGUCCUUAGAUCUGAGCUUUUUGAACUGUGCGUUGCGACAUGUUAGUGUGUUGGCUGCAGUGUGCACCCCUGGACCUUCUCCCAGGUCCAGGGGUGAGUUUAGGCUCCGGUUUGCUGAUCACAGAAAGGAAAGUUGCCUGGUAGUCUUAAAUAAUCUUGGAAGAGGGUAGAAGAUUUUUUUUUUGUAAACUUUAGAACCUUGUUUAAAGGUUCCCACAUCAACAUCUGUCAAGUGUGCUGCAGAAGAUGCUUGGGUAUCCCCAUUCCAUUCAGAGAGGAAGGCUGGCCCCCUUUCACUCUGUGAAACUAAACAUUGCAGCCGGCAAACAGUCUUUCCGAUAAAUCUGCCCAUUAUUCUUUUUCUCAUUAAAGAACAGGGCUCCCUGGUACACAGCUUGAAAUUAAAUUGUGUGAUUUUGCUGCUGUCUGCACUGAAAUUCACAAAAAGGAUUAAUUGGAGCUUAAUAUAGCAGAAGCACAUUACAUUCUCAGCAAGUAACUAGCCUGCUACAUGGUGCUAAAUCUGGGCAAAAACAAAGCUGAAUCUUUCUUAGGACAAUAUACAUACCAUUAAACUAUGAUGUUUAACCAAAUCAAGUUAUUCCAUCCCAUUUUCUGUUUAUAAAUUGUGGCUUUUAUAUUUGUUAUGUGAGAAACAACAAUGCUUAGAAUACUUUUUUCCAUUUAUGUAUAAUCAUGUUGAUAAAAUGAAGCCACUCUGUAGCAGAAUAUGCAUUCUCCUGCUAUCCAAAAUUUUGUAAUAUAUUUCGUUAUAUACAAGACAACUCACAGCAACUAAAGCUGCCAGUCAGGUGUGUGAUUUUAAGGUGCUCUGUGAGCUCUUAUCUUGAAUGACUUGUCAAGGAAAGGGGUGUGAGAAAUUAAACAAAUAUAGUAACCUGGAAUUAC